GCCUCGCGCCGGCCCCGGGCCCUGGAAACCAUAGAGUGCCGCGGGCGGACAGAGGAGCCAGAAGCCGGGGUCGUUCCAUCCCCCGCUUCCGGCCGCGCCUCGCUGCUCUGGGAGAGGCUGUAGCGGCGUACGCAGUUUCCAUGGGGACUGAAGAUGGCGCCGCGAGAUAAACGGCUGUCCUCCACCCCCCUGGAAAUCCUGUUCUUUCUCAACGGCUGGUAUUAUGCUACCUAUUUCCUGCUGGAACUCUUCCUAUUUCUGUAUAAAGCAGCUCUCCUGCUACCAUAUCCAACAGCCAACCUAGUACUGGAUGUGGUGAUGCUUCUCCUUUACCUUGGAAUUGAAGUAAUUCGACUGUUUUUCGGUACAAAGGGAAACCUCUGCCAACGAAAGAUGCCACUUGGUAUUAGCGUGGCCUUGACCUUCCCAUCUGCCAUGAUGGCCUCCUAUUACCUGCUGCUGCAGACCUACGUGCUCCGCCUGGAAGCCAUCAUGAACGGCAUCUUGCUCUUCUUCUGUGGUUCAGAGCUGCUGCUUGAGGUGCUCACCCUGACUGCUUUCUCCAGUAUGGACAGGAUUUGAAGUACAAACAGUUCAGCCAGCAGCCCUUGGAGGCUGAGACCACAGAUUCUUCUGGUCUUUGGCUACACCAGUGAGAGUUGGUGGGUCAAGUUGUCCUGGGAAGGGUUGCAGCUUUUCCUCAACACAGACAUUUGGGCAGCAAAUUGAGCAUGAGGCCACUGGGCAUCAUCUUCUAAACCGGGACCAUUAGCCCAAGAGACUGUUCUAUACUCCAGUGUAGGGAGGGGCAAGGCUGUCCCAUCCUGGCCCUUCUCAGAACCAGUUCCCUGCUGAGCUCCAGUUCUCUUUGGUCCUCGUGGCCAGAGCAUCUUGUGUGGACCAUGUAGGCUCCUUGGGCUUCCAGCAGGACCGGAGCCACAUAUUCCUGCAUGUGCUGUGCCCCCCGGCACACGAGCGCAGAGAGCCUCAGGACGGUCUGCUCCCAGGGUGACGCACAAGCCUCUCACCUCGUUCCUCAGAGACUGGGCUCCAGAACUUUUUUAGCGGCUCAUAGUGUUAUUUUUCUACUCUCAUCAUGAAACAAACAUUAUUUUAUAAUAAACGUGUAUUUUCUGUCA